UGGAGAAGGCGCGAGAGGCUGGAGGAGGGACUCCAACAAAAGACCCCGAUGUCCCGAUUCAUCAACCCCCCUCCAUGCCAAUAUUCCAUGGCUUUUCGAAACUUCGAUAGAAUCUAAACAUUGCUUCUUCCUUCACGGCGGCUGUUUCACCAGAAAACGACGUACGUGGUACACGACACACGUCACAGCAUCUCGCCAGACUCGUCCCACGCGAUAAGCACACUCGUAUAAACCACUCACGACUUAUUACUGCCAACCCCUCCACGCCUAAUAAUCACUUUUGCCCCCCUCUCGAAACGACACGCGACCAGAUACCCAAACCGACCACACAGCACCUACACACUCGCCUUCAACAUGGCUUCCGAAUUAAUUAUGCCCAACAUGCUACCGACCGAGCAGAAGCUCCCCUAUACCCCUCAGCACCAGCCCCAACCCCAGGACUCUCGGCAGCAUCUUCAACGGCCUCAGCGUGUCCGCUCCACAUCCUAUCACACACCACCAGGCUCCCAGCAGAUCUCACCGCUGAGCACUUCAGGCCAAGAGCAGCAGAGGUCGUCGAUGCCCUCGUCGCCCAAGAGCAACAAUGAUCGCCAGACUGGUCGCCCAAUGUACAUGCCGGCCGUCUUGCGGCCCAAUAGCGACUUCACACAAGUCUCACGGACCAGCACGGGCACCUACUCGCCCGUGUCAGAGCACAGCCGCAGUCGUCGCAACUCGAACAGCGGGACGUUUCGCAACGUGCCUGGCUUUGGUGUCAUCCAGAGGCUGAGUCGACGCUCCACGGACGAGUUGGCCAAGGAAAAGGAGCUCGUCGGCACCCUCGAUCACAAGCUGUUCCCCGAGGUGACAGACGCUCCGACGCGGCAGCACUGGAAGCCUGACCCGGAAUCCUCCAUCUGCGACGAUGCCACUUGCCGGCGCGGCUUCAGCUACUUUGUCCGUCGCCACCACUGCCGACGAUGCGGCAACAUCUUCUGCGACGAGCAUUCCAGCUACGAGAUCCCGCUCGACCAGGACGCCAACUACAACCCCCGCGGCGCCCCAUCGCGCACCUGCAACCACUGCUUCGAGGAGUAUCGCGUCUGGCACAGCCGGAACAACAGCCACAGCUCGAGCUCCGUGUCGUCAAACGACAUGCCUGUCACGCCCAUCUCCGCGCCCGGGGGCCCGAAUAAGAAUCUACAGGCCGGCCUGCAGCUGGCAAAGAGCCCCAACGCGGCCGCCAGUGUCCCCCGCGACUGGUCCUGGAGCACCUUCUAAACGAUAUUCUCUGCAGUUCCGCAUGGCCGUGCCAUAGAGAGUGUAACGAGUCUGCGGCAGCAUCGGCGGUCAUUUUUCGCCACAUAUCACACUCGUGGAAUUACCUGCGUUCCACAGUUCAAACCUUCACUUCAAGAUCGACAUAUACACACGUACUACAUACUUUGAAACGGCCGCACAUUUAAAUUGGGCCUGGCGUUUGGGAUUACGAUAAGCGCUGUCGACGACAGCCAAUUGCUUUUGCUUUUGCUUUACUACAAGCACAAAUACAGCGGAGUCUUUUGAGCCAUGAGCAGGCCUGGCGGGCGUUGUUUGGAAUUUUAGAAUAGUAGAGCGCAUAUAGAUGGUCUGAACUUUAAACUAUCGAUAGAUCAAUUAGAUGAGUAUCAAAGCGUUGUAU